UCCCAGCUCCCGAUGGGUGGUCAGAACAGACGCGCUGCAAUGCGUCGAGCCUGGUCAGGACAGACAGGCAGACAGGCUCAAUCUAAUGUGCAUGUACGUGCAUGGGCAUUGAUGAUUGGAAGCAAUGGAAGGCUGAGAGGGGAAAACGUCGACGCAACCUGGUUUGAUGGCCAAUAUUGCUCCGGUUGGAGGCAGCAGCAAAGGAAGGGCCCCACAUGCGCCGCCGUGCACGAGGAGAUGUGGUACGAUCGGACACGCCCCACAGUCGCUUACGUCGAAGGAUUCGACUCCAAAGUAUUGAUUGUCCUGCUCUCCCGCAGCAUCCUCUCCCAGUACGGAAUCAUAUCUGCGACGGUCCAUGGCACAAUCCAGUGCAGGGUUGGGCAUUGUCGCCGUUUCGAACAGAUUCAUGUUGCCUGCCUGCCUGUCGCUCGUCACCGACGGACGCUCAUGGCCUCGUUGCAGCCGGCUGCUGCUGACUCUCUCUCCACAGACAUGCUCCCAACGGGCCAACUCGCAACCUCACUUGCUGUGGCUGCCAGCAAUCUCUGCGCAACCGACGGCCAGGGGUAUAAAAACACUGUCGGUCACAUGUGCCGUACCUCGCUCCACAAAGAUAACUGCCAGAUGUCGGUGUAUCUGAGCACAACGGACAUGUGCCAGCUCAGCGGUAACCCGUAGCAGUGGGAGACAAUAUUGCUACAAUGCACAUGUAUGCUCACGCUCGUCCUAUCUCGCAUGCAGCCCGCCCGAUUCCUCUCCCUAUCGCCCCUUAAUACUGCGUUUUUGCCUGCCAAGGGGUGGGUGGCCGCAGCAUCUUUACACGAGAAUCUCGAUGACAACCCUGCCAAACGCCUGCGCGUACGCUGAUCUCCUUUUCGAUUGCUCCCGAGCUGCCUCUCCCCCAGCUGCUUGCUCCUUGUGAAACCGGGCC